AUGUAUUCCAAGGCUGCUAUCGUCGCCUUCAUGCUGGCCGUUGUCGAGGCCCGUUUCGGUCAAGAGGGUGCCGUCCAGGGCGCCGUCCAGGCUCUCGGUGCCUUUGGCAACCCCGGUGCUGCCGGCACCUUGGCCGGUCAGACCCCCAGCGUUCUCCUCGCCGGAGCCAACGCCUGCGCGAAGCUCCAACUUGCCGACCAGAUCGUCCAGGAGCUCGGCACUGACGAUGCCGUCAUCGCUGCCGCCAAGCUCCUCGUCCAGGCCGAGAAGAACUUCAACCCCUUCGCCGUCUCCAUCCCCAGCAUCUGCUCUGAUGCCGGUCUCCCCGCCACCGAGGCCCUCCGUGGCAUCAUUCCUCUGGUCGACCCCGAUGUUCCCGGCGCCGCUGAGCAGAACGCCCGCUCUGCCCAGUCCCUGAACAACCCCUUCAACGCCAACGGCCUGUCUGUUGCCGACAUCACCGCCGCCCAGGGCUUCACUGACUUUACUGCUCAGAGCCUUGGUGGUGCCAAUGCUGCUCCCCCUGCCGGUGGCAACAACAACAACAACAACAACAACAACAACAACAACAACAACAACAACAACAACAACAACAACAACAACAACAACAACAACAACAACGGCGGCAACGUCAACUGCGGAGCUCCGCGCACCCUCACCACCGUGAUCGUGGCCGCUCCCACCGCCACUCCCGCCCCCGCUGCCGGCAACGGUAACAACAACAACAACAACAACAACGGUGGCAACAACGGUGGCAACAACGCCGCCCUCGACUUCGGCUCCUGCGUGCCCACCAUGAACUUCCUCGGCGGGCGCGGCAACCGGCCCGCGACUGAGUUCACCUUCAACGCCAUCGACCCCGUCAUCCUCUCGCGCCAGGGCGAGGCCCUCAACCCCAACAUCAUCACCAACCGCAUCUGCGACGAGCUCACCAACAUCUGCGGUGCCAACCAGGCGGCCAAGGACGCCUGCCUGGACGCCAAGGCCCAGAUCCAGGCUCUCGGAACCAGGGACGCUUCCACCGCUGUUGCGUGGAACACUCUUUUGGGGUUCCCUGAUGUGAAUGUUAAUGUUUAA